AAUGAACAAAAAUUGGUAGCAAAUGAACAACUUCCUUAUAUCACACACCCUUCACCUUUUUAUACUUGAUUCAAGUAGAUUCCAGAAACAAAAAAGAGGAAACGUGAAAUUGAAGCACUGAAGCUUAUAACCGUUUUCAAGAUUGGUAGCAUUCAUCGCCAUUAUUGUUGUACAACACGAGAGAGAUGCCAAAGCUUACUUCCAUAAUCCACCUGCUUACAAUUCCUCUCUUCAUUACCGCAUCCUUCUCCUCUCACUCUUCAGCUUCUGGAUUACCACUAGUGAGAGAUAUCAGUACUCUGCCACAAGACAACUUUGGAAGGCCUGGGUUAUCUCACCUUACCGUUGCAGGUUCACUCAUGCAUGGGCUGAAAGAGGUUGAGGUAUGGCUUCAAACAUUUGCUCCAGGAACACACACACCGAUUCAUAGACACUCUUGUGAGGAAGUUUUUGUAGUCUUAAAAGGUAGCGGUACACUUUAUCUUGCCCCAAGUUCUCAUUCAAAGUACCCUGGCAAACCACAAGAGUUUAGCAUCUUUUCAAAUAGCACGUUUCACAUCCCUGUUAAUGAUGUUCACCAGCUUUGGAACACAAAUGAAGAAGAAGAUUUGCAGGUUCUGGUUGUAAUUUCUCGUCCACCAGUCAAAAUAUUCAUAUACGAUGAAUGGCUGGUGCCACAUACUGCAGCCAAACUGAAAUUCCCAUAUUAUUGGGAUGAAGAAUGGUACCAGUCAACUGCAAAAGAUGAGCUUUGACUUCAUAACGUUACAAGGCUGCAGCUUUCGAUUUAACAAACAAAAUGAGAGCGACAUGUUUAGCACAAAACCAAACUGCAUUAGAGGAGUUCAUUGGUUUUUCGUUGGCUUGUAGGAGUCAACUGCAUAGGUUCACAGAUGACGGAUCCAAUUAAAUAGGUUUGAAAUGUCUUCUAUAUUUGCAGACGUGGGAAAGAGUUGUAAAUUUACAGUUUGUUUUCUUAUGCGGUUAUCGCUUACUUAAAAGCCAGAGUAAUUUGAAGUUUCUAUUAAUCAUAUCUGAAUCUUUGUUGUGUGAUGCCA